AUGCCCGCCAUCCGAGGAGAGAAGUCCAAAAAGAAGACGCGUCGCUACACGCGCGACGUCGACCAGGUCUACGCAGACUUGCGUUCCGAGCGUCACCUCCAGCUCUACAAGGAAACCAAGGCGGAGGAGGACCUGCCCGCCCUGGGCAAGUUCUACUGCACCGAGUGCGCCAAAUGGUUUGAGAGCAACGACAACCUCACCUCGCACCAGCGUGGCAAGCCUCACAAGCGAAGGCUGCGGCAGCUGCGCGAGGAACCACACACUCAGAAGGAGUCCGAAGCAGCCGUUGGACUGCGUUCAGACAACGGUACCAGGACCAACAGGGCAGACAAGACUGGCUUGUCGGGUGCUGUUGAGGGAAUGGUGGUGGAGGAGAUGGUUGCAUGA